UGGAUUAGGGAGGCCCUUGAGGACCAGGUGCUGCCAAGUACCUGGCCAUGGAACCUGGCACAUCUGGCUAGCCAGCCGAAGGACGAUGUGGCGGAUGACAUUGGACAAUGGCAAGGAGUGGCCCGGCACCUGACACGUCCAGAACCAGAACAAUUGACCUGGUUCCAGGAUGAGGAGGACGAAGCAUGUGCUCUCGGGAGUGCCUUGCUGGAGGAGAUAGGGUGUUCUCCAGAACGUCACCAGACGCAGGUGCCCCAGCUCAGGGCGGAGUUGCGAGCUGCCGGCUUGGACGACUCCGGGGUCCGCUCUGCGCUUGUCGAGCGCCUUACUGCAGCGCUGACGGAUGCAUCCGCGCCUGCCCAGCAGGAUCCCCUGGCCCUGGGCCCUGGACCCUAUGCUCUUGCUGUCGCCCAGGACGGCAUCUACUACCAGCACCCGGACAACCAGAACCACCACCCGCACCACAACCAGCACCACAACGACCACCCACCCUUCCCACCACCAACAUCACCCCCCCCAUCCACAACAAUCCACAACCACUAUACAACCGUCAAUCACCACCACCACAACUACUAUACCCGCAGGGUGGUGAUGAAGAG